AAAAAAAAAUAAAUUUUAAAUUGAAAAAUCCGUUUUCGUGUUGCAAAUUGCUCGAAGUGUAAUUUAACAAAAAUUGUUACCGCAUACGUUGUUGUUACCACUGUUGUUAGUGUAUUUGUUGUAGCAUUGCAAAUCGCAAUCAAAGCUCACUUUGCAAUCAAACGAAUAAGGUCUUUGUACGCCCCUGUCGCCCGCCGUUGCCGUCGUCGGUGCACUCGAGUGUGAAAUCAUUUGCAACAGUUGUUGGUCUAAGUCUGCAAUUGGUUGUUGUUGGCUUUGUUUUUCUUUUGUGUGUUAAAUGCAAUUCUUUUGAUAUCAACAUUGUUGCACUUGAACGAUUGCUAUAAAAACAAAGAGACCACAAACAACAAAGAAGUAUAAGGAAAAACAAAAACAAAAGAGAAUAAGAAAAACACAAAAAGCAGAAAUAACUAAAUAAAAAACUGCAAAUUACAAGUGUCACGCCAACAAAGCAAAAAAAGCAUGUCACAUUUACAUAAAACAACAACGGCACUUGUGAAGCGCGCCUCUUUUUCGGCCGCUGCAACGGCAAUGCCGAACGCUGUAACCUUGCCCGAGGCGCUAACGCAUGAGCCACCAAGAAUAAAAACACCAAAAGCACCAGCGUCAGCAACAGCAGUGCAUGCGCCCGAGGAGUGUAGCACACAUGCGAAAGCACGCCCCUAUUCAGACGUACCAGGUCCCUGGGGCAUGCCAGUGCUGGGCAAUUCAUGGCGCUUUGCGCCGCUGGUUGGCCAAUAUCGCAUACAGGAUUUGGAUAAGGUCAUGAAGGAGCUGCACAUCAACUAUGGUAAAAUAGUCAAAGUUGGCGGGUUAAUAGGACAUCCGGAUCUGCUGUUUAUUUUCGAUGGUGAUGAAAUACGCAAUAUUUUCAAAAAAGAGGAGACCAUGCCGCACAGACCCUCAAUGCCAUCGCUCAAACAUUAUAAGGGAAAAUUGCGACGCGAUUUCUUUGGCGACAUCGCUGGACUCAUUGGUGUGCAUGGCAAAAACUGGGCGCUGUUCCGUCAAGAGGUACAACAAAUACUACUACAACCACAAACGGCUAAGCAAUAUGUGCCGUCAUUAAAUGAAAUUGCCGGUGAAUUUAUGCAAAGAGUACAUGAAAUGCGCAAUGAAAACGAUGAGCUGCCAGCGAAUUUUCUACACGAAUUACACAAAUGGGCGUUGGAAUCUGUGGGACGCGUGGCAUUGGAUACACGCCUCGGUUGCUUAACGCCAGAUGGCAGUGAGGAGUCACAACAAAUCAUAAACGCCAUAAAUACUUUCUUCUGGGCCGUGCCCGAACUGGAGCUGCGCAUGCCGUUGUGGCGUUUCUAUCCGACGAAGGCGUAUCGCAGCUUUGUCAAGGCGUUGGAUCAGUUUACCGAAAUUUGCUUGCGAAACAUCAGUCGCACAAUGGACCGCGCUGCUGCAGCGCCCGCAUUGCAGAAUGCCAUGCAAGCCGAUUCGAUUGUGGGACGCAUUGUGCGCAAGACGGGCAAUCGCAAAUUGGCAGCUGUGUUGGCGUUGGAUUUAUUUCUCGUUGGCGUGGAUACGACCUCCGUUGCCAUCUCGUCGACCAUUUAUCAAUUAGCGAAAAAUCCCGAUAAGCAACAAAAGCUUUUCGAAGAAUUGCAAAGUGUUUUCCCAACACGUGAAGCAGAAAUCGAUCAAAGCGCUUUGGAGCAAAUACCAUAUUUAAGAGCCUGCAUAAAAGAGACUUUGAGAAUGUAUCCAGUUGUCAUAGCGAAUGGCCGAAGUUUGCAAACAGACGCUGUAAUUGCUGGCUAUCACAUACCCAAAGGUACACAUGUCAUAUUCCCGCAUCUGGUGGUGUCCAAUGAUCCCGCUUACUUUCCAGAACCGAAACGAUUUGUACCCGAACGUUGGCUGAAGCAGAACGAAACGAGUGCAGUAUGCCCACAUGCCGGACGAAAAAUUCAUCCCUUUGUCAGUUUGCCGUUUGGCUAUGGCCGACGCAUGUGUGUGGGACGUCGGUUUGCCGAAAUUGAAUUGAAUAUGCUGUUGGCGAAGAUAUUUCGAAAAUACAAAGUGGAAUACAAUUCCGGCGAAUUAGUGUAUAAAGUGAAUUCAACCUACAUACCAGAGUCGCCACUUAAUUUCAAAUUGACGCUAAGGGACGAGUAACGCACGAGCUGUUUGCCAGCGGGGUGCGGGGUUGCCAGCUGUGCCAGUGGACAUCAGGUCCAACAGCGAUGGUUUAGAAUUUGCCAAAAUCAACAGCCAGCAGCGUUGCAGCGCUGCGUAGGUUGAGCUCCCACGCUCAUAAGUUUACACUUUCAAUAUUUGCGCUGUACCUUUUUGUUGCUGUUGCUGUUGUUAUUAUGGUCGUUCAAUAUUAUACUUUAGUCUCGCCAAUAUGGAUAUAAUACGUGCUUCUUUUAUAAUAUUAUAUUUGCUCAUGGCAAAUGAAAAUUAUGCCAAUAUGCAUUGUAAAUUAUGUACCUUAUGGUCGGUAUUAUAUUUAAUUUUAUAUACAUAUUUACAUGUAUUAUAUAUAAGUAUGUGCGGCGCGCAUAGAUUACGUUUUUUUACAAAUAUUUAAAAUUUAUGUAAAAUUUCAUA